AUGAGAAAGGUAAUUGCCAUCGAUGGCAUACAUUUAUAUGGCAAGUACGGGGGUGUGUUGCUGAGUGCAGUUGCACAGGACACCGAAAAUCACAUCUUUCCAGUUACCUUUUGUGUCAUUGAUAAAGAGAACAAUUCUUCUUGGACCUUCUUCUUCCAGAAAUUGAAGUCUAUCAUAGAAGAUAAACCAGAUCUAUGGGUUAUAUCCAACAGGCAUAUCAUCAUUGCCAAUGUCUUUUCCCGUGUUUACAAUUAUGCACAUCAUGGACUUUGCAUGAGGCACCUCGCUGAAAAUCUGGGUGUAAAUCUGCACAGUGGAAAACAUCUUUAUCUCUUCUACGUCGUGGUAAAGGUGUAUACUAUUGAUGAGUUUAGCGAUCAUAUUGUCGAAUUGAAGAAUAAUAGCCCCGAGGUAGCACAUGUCCUUAAAAAUUUGCUUGGUUUUGAGAAAUGGAGUAGAGCAACUUCUCGGGCAAUAGAGCGGCAUACCUUUGUCGCUGGUCAAAAUAAUAAAUUUAUGCCUUGUGCGAAAAGGAUCCUAAAUGAUAAUAAGAAUAUGAGCGAAUUCUUGUAUGUGACUAAUACAAACGAGGGUCUCGACCAAUUUACGGUGUUCGACAAUGGCGUUAUUGCCAAGGUCAAUCUUUUGAAGAGGAGUUAUUUUUGUUGGAAAUUUGACUUGGUGAAAAUGUCGUGCGAACAUGCAAUGGCAGCUUUGCGAGCAAAGUAUGGAGAUGGCGUAGGUUAUGGUAACUCCAUCUACGAGUACUCUUCACCUAUUUAUAAAGUUGAAACUUACCAUCUCGCAUAUUCGGAAGCUAUUAACAUUGUCCCUCCAGAGGCCGAAUGGACUGUGCCAUAUAAAGUGCGAGACAGUAAUAUUUCUCCACCCACUAUGAUUGCAAACUCAGAAGGAAGAAAGUCAAACGCACUAAGGGCGUCGGCGAGACAUUCAAGUCCAAAAAGAGGAAUAGUAGUUCAAUAUGCAAGAAAUCAAGGCACAAAACAACCACAUGUAGAAUGGCUAACAAAUCGUAGAUAG